UUUUUGUGGCGCUGGCGUGCUGCACAGGAGAGGACAGGAUCAUUUUAUACCCUUAGUUAAGUAGGUUUUCCUGAUCAAAUCAACAUACACAAUGUCGGCGGCUAAAGACAGAAUGCGACACAAGAAAAUGAGAAAUCAGCCCAGUAACGUGACUUACUCGCAGUGGCGUGAAGGCACAGGUCACAGGUCCGAUUCUCUGCAGCAGGAUAUGAGGGGGCCCUUACACCCUUCCCCCAGCUGGAUGAAGGAGCAUCAGGAUGGAGGAGUUGAACAUGAGCAGACGUUGCCCAAGUACAUCACUGGAUCAUUCUUUGCCAAAGCACGAGCUGCAGAAGUCAAUGCCAUGUUGAGGGCUGUCAGAAAGACGACGAGUAGCUCCCAUGUAUUUGGAGCUCUGCCAAAGCAUAUGCGCCGAAGAGCCAUGAGCCACAACACCAAGAGGUUGCCUUGCCGACUGAGAGAGAUGGCACAGAGAAUGUUGGAGAAGAGUCAUCAGGCAGGGAAGAAAGAGAAAAAAGAGCAGUCAAAGACCAAAAGCCGUCGUGCCCGCCGCCGCCACGGCAACUUAUUGCUGGAGUUUAACCGACGGCAGCGUAAGAAUAAAUGGUUAGAGACUCACAUCUGGCAUGCCAAGCGUUUUCACAUGCUGAAGAAAUGGGGCUACUGUCUUGGAGACCGACCCACAUACAAGUGCUACAGAGCCAGCUACAGGGCCAUGAAUUCUGGUUGUCUGCUGCAGGACCUCUCAUACUAUUGUUGCAUGGAGCUCUGUGGUCCAGAGGAACAACUACUGAAUGGACUCUCCAGGCUCACCAACAAAGACGCAGGCCCAACGUUUGCAGCAGCAUCUUGUUUAUCAGGACAGAAAGAGGGGAGUGUUGUGGUUUACAAGGCUGAUCAGUAUCCUCACCAGCCCCUGGGCCCUGUGAGCUUCCUUUGGAGGCCUUGCAGUACCACAUCACCUCACAGACAGCUGUGGAUCUGGGUACAUCCCUCCCUAAAACAGGAUCUUCUACCAGAACUGCAGGCAGUGUGCCAGUGCUUUGAGGCAGUGGAUCCAGCUGUUGUAGAAAGGGUCCCGUCCGAGAACCUGGCAGAAGCAAGUCUCGUUCCACCUGCACCUUCUGACUUCAGCUCUGAGCCACGGUGUACCAGGAGAAAGAGGAAAGCAGAAGCUGACAAUGAGCGUGCCUGCCCUGCCAAAAAAAUUGUGGGUGAUGGCACUCGAUCACUCACGACCCCUGUUAGUUGGAGGUCAUGCAAGACUGAGAUUGUGAUAAGUGAUCUCACCAUGGAAAUAUUGCGGUAUCGUCUAAUUGGUCCGCUCUCUCACUCUGUACUGACUGAGAUACUUGUACCAGCAACUGAAUGUGAGAAUAAGAUGAAAAUGACUUCAUCCCCUUUCUGGUGGCCAGAAGAGUGUAAGAAAGAGGAGAGCAUGUCCCUACAUUGCCAACAAGCAGAUAUUUUUCAGCUCCUGAGAGGUGUACACUCUACGGCUGAGCUCCCAGCAGGGUGUGUUCUGGGGUUGACUGUAGAUGACCCGAGACUGUUUUUGUCUGUGAAACGGAGAAAAAUUAUGCCGGACCUUCAGUGGACUCAAGGUGUUGAUGAGGAACAAAGAAGAAAUUUGACACUGAGAGGAGUUCCUUCUGUCUGUGCUCAGAGUGCUGUAUGGGAGAAGACUGUCCGAGACAAUGUUACAAAUAACAAGAUUUCCGAGCAGGAUCUGAACAGGAUGAAGAGGGAAUUGCUAGUUCCAGGCUCCAGGUUGCCGACCCCUGUGCAGGGCAGAGUGCCAAUUCUGCUGGUUAACCAGGCAGGGAAACAGCUGGGAGAGGAGCGACUUGGAUGGGGAUCCGGUUGGGACUUGCUACUACCCAAGGGCUGGGGCAUGGCAUUUUGGGUACCUUUGGUAUACUGUGGUGUGCGUGUUGGAGGUUUCCAGAUGAGUUUGAAACACUCCCAGAAUAAAAGUGUGCCCCAUUUUCCUCAUGAUUACCCAGACUGCCCUGCAGGUGCCCGCUUCCAGGAGCAGCAGGAGAUCGAACUGUUGGAAAAGUUUAAAAGACGCCCACCUUCCAAACGCACAAACUACAUCAAAUACGGGUGCGUGGCUCCUUUCCGGUGCCCAUGGCAACAGCUGGUAGAAGAGUGGGAGGACAGAGUGAAACAAGAUGAAGAUGAUAACCAAGACAGCAAGACAAUUAAAAUGAAAGAUGUGACCUUGCUGUCUGGAGAUGACCCAAACCCAGCAUCUGCAUUUACUGUACUGAGGAGCCGUAAGGUGCUGAGGCAGCUGUCAGUCUGGUGUCGGCCAUCUUCACGUGCUCGGAGAGCGCUGAAUGGUUGCCGUGCUCCGCUGUUGUGCUCUGUAGUUACCACGUCUCUGCAGACAGAGUGGAAGCGGUGUGUGUUGUGGGUACGCGUGCACCUUCUGGGUAAGGGGCAGCCUGCACUUCACGCCAUGCUUUGUGUGCCCACCACUGAAGACCUGCAGCACUUGCGUGAAGACCCUCAGUGGAGUGGCCCCAAGGAACCACAACAUACAGACCACCUAAAGCACCAGCUGAAGGGGAGGGGCAAAAAAGGCAAAGCUGCACGAGACUGUUCAGCUCCUAAGAAAGAGCAAGCCUGCAAUAUUCCUGAAAAGGUUGAUCUUGUCCCUAUUAAUCAACACACUGGUCCUUCUGUUGUGCUCAGAGAUCCUUCCCCUGAGCCCAGUGCAUUGGUUACUACAGAUCCUGGCCAUUCCCAUGUUGAAUCUCUUUCCGUUACUGGCUGCAGUAACUCAACUUUAGUGCAAGGACUGUGGACUGAACUAGUGCCCAAUGUGUCAUCUCACUGUUCCCGUAUGGCCCUAGGCUGGAUGGUGCAGGGUGACUUCUCCCUGGCAACAGGAACUGGGGAGGCUUUAGGAUUUGUAAGCUUAGUGGGCCUCCUGCAAACACUUCUCAGGCAAUCAGCGGAACAGCGGGGAAUUGUGCUCCUACGCAAUCCCACUUCCCUCCAGUACCGCUUUGCAAGACUCCACAUAGAAGCCUGAAUCACUGCAAAAUCAUGGCACCACUACUGUACAAAUGGAUCAGCAUCAAUGCCUGAAGAGCACUCUAGUGUACCAACACAGGCCUACAUCUAAACUCAUAGUUUUGUUUAAUACUUAUCUGCAAUAAGGCCUUAAAAGCAAGUUUUACCAUGAAAUUGUUAUAAAUUUGAGAUAUUUGCACCUAGAUCAAUAUGGGUGGUUCUCUUACCUGGGUCCCAACUACUAAGGCUUAAAUUCUGCCUUCUUGCUAAUAUUUUGAGACCUGAAACAUGCUAUGUUUGAAUGUGCCACCAAAUCAAUGCUUCACUGUUUGAAACUUUAAUCCCAUAUUCCCAGUUCAUAGCUGAUAGUUAUCUUUGUUAAUCUGAAGCAUUGCAGUUGAGUGAUGUCUUACUAACAUGUAGUGUUUAACCUAAAACAGUGUCUACUAUAUACAUAUGCAUGUUGUAUAAUCAUUCAGCCACAGAAAAAGAACAGUUUAAAGAAAUCAUUGAAGGCCCAGUAUUGCCAUGAUACAUCUGUGUAUGUAAAUUUAUGACUGAAUUGUUUGCUCUUUAUAAAGCCAACUUAAGUAGCGAUGUAUUGAAACAGUAGUUGUUGUUGUUGUUGUUGUUGUUAUUAUUAUUAUUAUUAUUAUUUGUUCUUUUACAACUUUUUUUUUUUUUGUAAAAAUGUUUCUGGUGACUG